UUAAGUAAUCCGUUUAUUUUCAACCCAUUUAUAUAAUACGUUAAUUUAUAAAUUUAUGCUUCGAUUGUGAACUGUGAAAAUAGUCAACAGUGUAGCCGAGUUUUUCUACAGUGAAACCAAGUUUUCCUGCAAAACAGAUUUUUUUUAUCUUCAUAAGCACCAAAAUAAAUCGGUGUGUGGACGAGUUAGACAUAAAAUAUUUUAUCUCGUAAAUAUCGUGCUUAUGAUUAUUAAUUAAGGUCAUACACCAAAAUAUCCAAUAAAAUCGAGUUAUCUGACAAUGAGACAAAUUUUUAUAAUAAAUAAAUUUUAUACUAUUUACCAAAAAUUCAAUCUACAAUUUGAAAAAAACAUAUUUAUUGUAAAUAUCUUGGCUAAUUAAUAACACUUCAAUUGAUAUUUAAUCAUACAAACAACCAAAGGCGUCCCGCUUUACCCAAAAACGCUGUAAGCCACAACUUUUUCCCUUCAUUGCUUAUUCCGCUGCCAUCAUACGCUACUCCCCCUGUAUGCGUUAUUGCCAAACCGAAAAUGCCUGUUUAGUAUAUUUUUAUAGAAUUUUACUCGCACGUACACACACAACCAAACAACACAAAAAACUAGAACCAUUAAUUUUGCUGUACAGCUCGUGUAGCGCUCCACUAGCUCCUCACCCCACAACAAUUGUAAAUGUGUAUGCGUGUGUACGGGGAAAUCGACGCUCAAAAAACCAUUCAAAUUUCACUCGCACUUCUAUUUCCGUGGCGGGCUGCUUGCGGCGGCAGCGUACUCACAGCGCGCCAUAUUCUUCCACUUCGAACUUUUGCUGCUUUUCCGCUCAUUUUAGCACACCAAACUAACCGAAUGGCCAACCACCAUACCAAAAUGUGUACUAUUAGCUACAAACAAAAGGCAGCAAAUAAUGUUAGAAAGCAAAACAGAAAAAACACAAAAAACAGCAAUAAAUAUUAUUAAUGUUGAGAGCGUUUCGAAAACAUUGUGCGCACAUACUAUUCAGUUUGAUACAACGACUCUCCGUGACGUGCGAGCGUGCACGGGUGAGCUAACGAUCGCGCGCUGUUGGCGCACAAGAGCAAACGAAGCGCGAAAAGUUUUCAAAAAUUCUAUUUUGUUUUUGUGGUACUCAGAGGUUUUCGAAAACAAAUCGAGUGAAAAAUUUUGUAAUUUCUCUACGCGUUAUGUGACUUUUCAGUAGCGGCAGCAAAGCGAUGUUGCUCGAGCUGUUAUGAAAUCUCCUGCGCUCUAUGUAUGUGUAUGUGUGUGUGCCGAAUAAUAAAAAAAAUUAUAAAAGUUUUCUUAAGGCAUAUCCAAAAUUCUGUUUUCCGAAACUUAAAAGGCAGCGCGCCAAGAUACAAACGCUUCUGUGUGACAUUUAGGGAAACAGUGCGCGUGUCCAAUGUCUCUUGGGCCGUCGUCCACAACGGCGAAUAUCCGUUGAGGCUAUGCUCAGCGCUCGCCGGUCGAUGCUACUUUGUUGAACAUUUAGUGGGGAUCACUCAGUGUUUUCAUAGACCUACAGUCGAACAGAAUGAGUCCACGAUUUUCGACAACCGAAACGAAUAGCAAGAAAAAGGAGAAUAAGCAGCACAUUCAGCAGCAAUAACAAUAGAACUAUUAGCGGAAAUUUUGAAAUACGCAAUACGAAUUUCAAUUAAUUGAGCAAACUUUUUCAUACGCAACGAACUUUCCUUAAAACUGAUCAAAUAUACAUAACUGUGUAUAGACAUAGUAUAGAUACAUUUUUUGUUGUUUUUGUCUUUCCUGGGUACGCGACCUUAGUCACCACAAAAAGCGCUGAAAAUCACCGCAAAGCAAAAACUUAAACAAAAAGAAACGAGAACGUGCGCGGUUAACCUAAUUAUCAUAGUAGUGGUAGAAUACUGAAACAUUUGCAAGCACAAGGCAUACACUUGAGUACGGGCCGCCUAGAACUAAGUAGUCAAUCAAUAGUGAUCGAUGAGCGAUCGUGUUGAACAAGGGACAACAAGUGCAAUAAAAACUAUCUAAUUGAAUUGGAAGUAACAUGCCAAAUUAUCGCCAGAAAAAUAAGAGGAACAAGAAUAAGAAUCGACAGAAGAAUCAACAGCAGCAACAGCAACAGCAACAGCAACAAAAUAAAAACAAAAACCAAAACCCGCAACAACCAGAAAUUCAACAAACCGAUCAAAACCGGCAGCCAACCGAUAAUAAAGACAAUCAAAGUCAGGGUCAAAGCAGACGUGAGCAAUCUAAUCAGCAGCAACAACAACCCACAACACCUCCGAAAUCACCUAAAUCCCCCACACUAACUGCCACCCAAACCACACCGCCUGCUCCGCUAGACGAGCCGCGAGCAGCUACUUCACCACAGCAGCAGCCGCCGAGCUCAGAAGAUGCGCGAGAAGUGGACUCUGACACCCCUGCUGCUGCGCUCAAUCAGUGUCAUAAUUUAAAUUCGAACGAACCCACAAGCAGUCACCAAACGUUCACAACUGCAGUUGAACGUGAAGAGUGCAAUCGUGUGGAAGAUGCAGACGCACAACUUUCGAAAUUAGAUAAUAAGGAAGCGACACAUAGUGAUAUAGCGCGCAUUGAGGGGAUAGUGGUUGCAGUGUGUGACGCAGUGCAGGAAUCCACGAUGGGCAAUAAAGAUUCGAAAUCGUACAUCACAAGCGAUGAUGACGCUGCAACAUCGACGACAGUGACAACCGAAACAGUGACAGCUUCGACUGAUUUGUGCGGCAUGAGUAGACCAGAUCGCACCAUAGCCGGUGCCAGAGAGUUGGACGAGCUGCACACGCUAGUGCCGAAAACGCAAAUGGCAAAGGUGAUUGUGCAUAGAAUAGUGCGCGAGGCGACAAGUGAGGGGGGACAUAAUAAGCAGCACAUUGGAGACAUUGACAAGGUCGAACAAGUGGCGAGUGUUGGUGAGAAAUUUACUAACGCGACGACGGGUGAGCUUAAAGUGGAAGUGAUGGAUGAGCAGAAAGUACAAAUGGCGGCGACUAAUGGACAAAUUGAAGGGACCGCACUGCAAGAGCCGGUACAAAGUACAGCGAAGGAGAUCGAGACACAACAAUCUAAGGUGAUUGUGCACAAGAUCGAGCACAAGCAGGAAGAAGAGCAGAAAGCAGGGCAGACAAAUGUUAAACCGAAAGUUAUAGUGCACGCUUUUCAGCAUAAAGAAGACGAUCUAACGGUUAAACAAAAAUCAGGAGCUUUUUCUACACAAAAAACUAGCCAUACGCCGCAAUCGAAUGCCGGUGCAAAGGUGAUCGUACACAAGAUCGCACAGACAUCGAACGAUAAUGCAAGUGCUAGUCGAAUACAGAGCGUUGAAAGCGAAAAAUCAAGAUGGACUUCAACUAAUGCCGCUUGCGUUAGCCCCAAAGGUAGGCCUGAUCAAAAUGAUGACUCGAAAGUCAUUACACAUCACAUACAACUCGAAUCUACAUCACCCAUUAACUAUCGCGUUGAUUCGCCUGACACUGACAGCCCCACAUCGCAGUUGUACCGCAGCAAACAAGCACAAUUGCUCAAUAAAAGUAUUGUGCAAAUACAAGAGCUGAGCGACGAAAGCUCCAGCGAAUAUAACGACAAUCCGCCUGUGAUAAGCGAAGCCGAGUCCGAGACCGAAUCUGCGGCUGGCGCUUGCGCUUUAGACUAUGCACAAGCCGUGCGCACACUCUCUCCUGAAAACGAGGACAACUACGAGAUUUUGCGCAAACCCCCCACCAUACCAAGUCCGGAGCAACAAGAUCUGAAGCAGCGGCGCGCACAAAAACGUGUGGCGCUCGAAACACAUUUCCUGCCACAAUUAUUAAGUCCACGUUAUCUGGACAGCAUUAUGGAAGAGAAUAGUGACAUGAGCGAUGCGCGCAGCGAUUGUUCCGAGAACCCCCUGAUGACAACACACUCCGGCGACGAUUUGCAUGAUGCAUCCGCGUCGAAAGUGCGCAAAGCCAAUGAAGUAUUCCCGCGCAGCAAUUUGGAUUUCACGCGACGACAUCCGAAAAAACAGCUUGGCGCUUUGCCAAAAAAACCAUUACCCAUACGCGAAGAGCCUGUUGCCAUGGUGGUUGCGGCAAAAUUGAUCGAUAACGCAAUAACUCCCGCACAGGAAUGUUGUACGCGUUUGUCCAGCGAGCACACGCCCGAAUCGGAAGCAGCUGAAGUGAUAUAUCUGAGUAGUUCGGCAUCGAGUAGCCUGUCCGAUCUGAUGGAGCUCGACGCGGAGGGUGACGGCGAUGACGAGUGCGGCAACAGCAGUCACUCAACGAUCGAUCUCGACACGGACGUAAGGGAAAUCAUAACACGACCAGGCAGCGAGGAGUGUGCGACGGCAGCAAAUGAUAGUCGCGAGAGUACACCUGUUAAUCAGACAUCAACAAGACUGUCAGAAAAUAAUGAAAUGCAAAAAAUUUAUACAAAUAACAAUAACAAUCAGAGUGGUAGUAUAGAACAAAUAACGUCAGCGGCAGCCGCUGUUAAUGGCACAAAUAUUGACACAGCCAAGAUCACUAAUCCCAUUGAGCACAGAAUAUUUGAGAAUUUAAAAAGUUUGCAAUUGCUGGCGGAGCCAAUUGGAGAGCGCGCACUCUCCAACGGCAGUGGCGAAACAAAAACAAACACGACAACAAACACUAGUAAGCGUACAACAACAGCAAUUAGCGAGUCAGAGACGGAGACGGAGACGGAGAUGAGUUCAGAGACAACAACGGAGAGGUGUGAAUAUUUGCGCAGCUCGAGCAGCAAUGGCAGCGGUAGCGGCAGCAGCAGUCUCACUAGCAGUAUUGAUGCUAAGUAUCCGCCAGCCAUAAUUGCGACUAGUGAUAGUUUAAACGUUGACCCAGCAGUGCUGCUUGAAAAUAUUGAAUUAGAAAUGAAUAGCGUGCGCGAUAUAUUGAACUCGCAUACAAUCGAGACAACGGCAACAACGUGCGGGAAUCAGCAUGUCUCCAAUACGCGUACUUCGUGUGAAUUGAAAAAUAUUGAUAAUUUUAAUAGUGCUAAGAAUGUUUCGCCCUCACCACCACCCAUACCACCACCACCCACCAGUGCUAGUGCUAGUGAUUUUCAUAGUGAUUUUGCAGGUUUUCAAACACAGCCAACACCACCGCUAAUACCCGCGCGUGUCCCACAAGACAACACCUUCCACUCUGCAUCUACACUUACAACAGAACAGAAGUGUCCACAAUCGCCAACAACAAAUACACUCUCCCCUAACACACAUAACGUUUUGACCUCACUAUCCUUGCUGUCGCGACAAGAGUCCGCCGAGUCCCAUUGCUCCGACAGCACACAACACAGUCAGUGCACAGCCAUUAAUGUUGGCUCGCGCCCCUCUACCGAUCAUGAAUUGACGCCACCACUGACUGCAAUCUCACCCAUUUCAGAUGCACAACAGCAACGUCAGCACACUGAAUGGAAAUAUGGAGAAAAUAGUGAAAGCGUCGCCAACACAUACGGUCAGAAAAACGAUUUAGAAUAUCCGAGCGCACCGCAAAAGGAUGCUUCAAUUAAAAAGUUACGUCUCUUAUGUACCGAAACACUGGCCUCCAUGCCAUAUGGCGAGCAGGUACUAGUAGAGCUGGCCACAGUAGCACAGAAUAUAGGUGAAUUGCAAGCAAAGGCGCCAACACAAACGCAAGCGGAGAAAAUUUCAGCGCUGGCACAAGGAACCACACAAGCACCGAACAUGCCAUAUCCAUUACCCCAAUUACCACACAUAAGCGAAUUGCAAUUGUCGAUCGCUGACGGUCGUACGCCCACAACACUCAGUGAACCACAGAACGCACAGGCGUCACACAGUGCUACCUCCACACAUACGACUACUACCCACAAUGUGGCGAUCACACAGCUCAGUGAUCCAGUAGGCGCAACGCGUGAUCUCACUGCCGCCUCUGCAAAAUUAUUGCAUUCGCCACCACCACCGCCAGUGCCCGCACCACCUGUGCGCUACAGCGAUGCGCCUUGGUUGGGCGUACCAACAGCAGCCGAUCCCAAUGUGCUGGUUUGUCUUUCGCCCGCGCAACAGCAUCAAUUGACGAACAACACGCAAUCCUCGCAACAGGCUGGCGCCCAACAAACACCACAACCCGAUCAACUUUUGGAUGCACAUCAAAAGUUUCUGGAGCGACGUGGCUAUCACGAAUACACCGACGAGCAGGUGAAAUCACUCAAUGCUGAGUUGCAACAGGAGGAGCAACAGAUAUUGAAGACGGCAGCGUAUAUGAAGAAAUUACGUAAAAGCCUAACACCACCACCGCCGCCCGUACCGCCACCACCAGUGCCAGCGAAGAAUGCCGAAACGGCAGCGAAGGCACAAAAUCAAGCAAGAAUAGCCGCGUCGUCUUCGUAUGUGUGCAGCGACCACAGUCAACGCGUUUAUGACGUAAUACAAGAUAGAAAUGCCAAUGAGCAAAUAUCAGCCACUUUUGCGGAUGGAGAACAGCGGCAGCAGAUACAACCGAACCAGUCAGAACAAAAGCGUUUGCUAAAGCUAAUACAGAAUACUGACGCGCCAGCUGAUGCUGUUGCUGUUUCGGUAGAUGGCUCAUCAUCAACAUCUUCGGCACAACAACAGUCAUCAUCACUUGAAAAUAACUCAAGGCAAACGAGUGCCGCUGCCGCUGCACAGGGUGGCGCGCCAGCAUUCGCAGGAAAACAGCCAACAGCCAGCGCUGAUACACGGCAGUAUUCAAACGGAAACGCGUCCGAAUCAACCAGCAUUAGUAGAGUGUCCGAUUUGUUCGCUGCUAAUAAUUACACAAAGAACAGUUUCCCAACAACAACAUCCACGACCUCAGUCAAUAUGCAGGGUGUCGAGAGUGAAUUGGCCAAAAUGUUCCCAUCGAUGGGCACCAGCGAUAUUUUCGAUAGCAAUCGUAAACGCUUCUCCAACAUCGAAUCUUCUACUACAUCGAAGGACGGCACCUAUUGCGCCCAACUCCAGAGUACGCUGCCCAAACGGUACUCCAAUAUCGAGACGCACUCCUACGAGGCGAAAAAACGCAUGGAAAAUGGACAAGUGGUCUAUGACUACAGUAAUUCACAACACGAGCGUACAUCGGAUGGUGACAAGUCCUUGGAAAGUGCAUCUACGCCCUCUUUGCUGCAAUUCCCCGUCAGAGAACCGUCCAAAGAAUUUCUGCAGUACCCCGUGGCCGGCGAUGGCGUAUCAAGUAGAAGCGGAAAUAGUGAAAUUAUGUCAGCAAUAAAAUUAAACACAACAGAAAAUGAAAAAACAACUACAGAAACAAAAGAACAAACAAACGGCAUAAACAUGACAAAUUUCGUACACCCUGCCGCCACCACCACUUCUACCACAGCUACAACACAGCACAACCCCACCGAUCGCACGUUUGGCACAAUGGCUACAACGGAGACUACAAUAAAAGAAGAACAUAUUAAAAAUAGUCAAGAGUUUGGUAGUGGCACGGUACGACCGCAAGCCUCAAGUGGUGGUGGCGACAGCGGCAAUGCUUAUGAAGAAUUUAGGCAACGUGCCAAAGCAGCAGCGGACGGCGGUGCGUUCGGUGCUUUCGGUGGUCAGACGCCAGCCACCGCGCCACCGCUUGGCGAAAGCAAUAGUAAGCAUUCCGCUUUCAAUUUCCAACAUGACAAACUGUUCAAGGACUUUGAUGCGUUGUCGCAACAAUUACAUAUGGAACUCGAAGAGGGUAAGGUGCAACGUCAGCAACGCGAAAAGUCUGCAUCACUUUUCGAUCUCAAUCGUUCGCAGUGGAAUUUCAAGGACCAUUUCGAUGAGUUGAAAAAGCAACGGCAUCAGCACAUGCAAGAGUUGGAGCGUGAAAUCGAGCGUUCGAUGCGUUCGCGUCAAUUGAAGGGGUGGGCAAAUGAUGGUGCACAAAACACCACGAGUACACACUCUGCUAGUCGUACUUAUGAAAUACCAAUACAAAUUGAACAAAGUAAUGGUGAUUACGGCAACGCGCAUCUAAAUGGUUUUGCGCGCAAAAGUGAUAGAAGUUCAGCGCCUAGAGAACUAACACAGGCGCGCUCCUACAAUAUACCCAUUGUAAUGGAAAAUGGUGACGCGCCAAUAGUACCACCACCGCCAACAGCAGAGUAUGAUACAGUGGAUGAUGCGUCACGAUUCAGACGUGCAGAGUCGAUGUUUAAUCUCACUGAGAACACGCAACGCACGCAAACUCAAACACCACAAACAUAUGCUACCUACGACCGGCCUAAAUCCGCCGCUGCAGAUGAUUGGGCACGUUAUGCAAGUGACUUUGGCUCUUCGGAAAAUAUUACACGUCCUUUCGCACGUGAAGUGGAGAUCUGCUAUCAGCGUCAGCGACCACGUACCAUACGCGCGCCUCGCCUUACCGCCUCCACCAAUGAUCUUUCGUCGUACACGCACAGCUAUGAUAACUAUAACGCUUACAAUGCGCGUCGCUCACAUGCGCCUAUGUUGCAACCUGUGGCACAGCAACAACGACCACAUCACGGCAGUUGCUACUCAGUGCUCGAGCGUGAUCCCAAUCCAACUUAUAUAAGCACAACAACGCGACGCGGCGUAUCGCCAGCACCAGUAUCGCCAGCGCCGCAAGCGGCAGCACAGGAGCCGCUCUACAGCCCACAUGCGCCUGAGCGGCAGCGUCGCGCCUCACUACCACGUGAGAUACAACAGCAGCAACUUAAAUAUAUAAGUAGCAAAGAAGAAGAGCUACGCAUGGAAUUUGAACGUUUGCAAAACGAACGACGCCGACUGAUGGAUGAGCUAAAUACGCAACCAGCUGCAACUCUACAAAUGCCACAACAUCCAAUGCGUGACAUAUACCGACCAGUGCCAAAGUUGCCCACACUCACGGAAGAUGAAGUGUUCCGACAGCAAAUGGCUGAAGAGUGGCUGAGCAAAGUAGCGGAACGUGAAGAGCGCCGCCUACAGAAAAUCAUCAAAAUCUCCAAGGUCAAUGAGACGCAACAGGGACAGCAACAACCGCCUGUGCCGCCACAUCCCAAACCUGACAUUAGCGAUGAGUUCCUUAAACGCGUGCAGGAGCGACGCACGAAACUGGCUAUGCCAGCUGACAGCGAUUGGGAGAGUGGAGCCGAGUCACAGCCUGCCAGAACAGGACAUGCGAGCGAGAGUGAUGCUGAGGUGCCGCCAGUGAAAGUGAUCGAAGGAAAAUCGGAAGCGGAUUUGCGCCAGUUACCGCGUCAUCUACGCGAAUUUGCACGCUUCUCAAAUCACAAUGAAGAGAAAAUCGAUGGUGGUCAUCGGGUGGUGCAUCAGGAGGAGGAGCGUCGGCAAGAGGCGAAUGGUAAUUCUAUGAGUAGUGCAUUAAAGAAAUCGUCUAUGGUGAAAACUGUGAAAAUUGCAAGACCGGAAAUCGUAACAAACACUAGCCAACGUGUAGCGGCACCGCCAGUAAGUGUGCAACAACACGAACAACCGCGACAACAACCACAACAAGGGCAUAGCCGUACAGCAAGCGGCGGUGAAACGGUCGUCACACGUAGGAGCCACAUUUCCACUGCCACGUCAAGUACGCGCAGCAGCUACGAAACGCACGCCAAACUGCAGCAGCAAAGCAUUUCGAGCACAGGUGGAGUAGCUAGUGGUGCUAUGGUUGAUGCUGACCAACAACAGCAGUCGCACACGCACCUCAAGCACCACAAUCACCAGCAGCAACACCAGCAUCACCACCAUCAUCAGCACAGUCACAGCCACAAAACGAGCAGCAGCAGCAGCCGGCCGCCAGCGCCACACGUGCGCACCUGCAAGAAGACACGUUUCCUGCUGGAACCGAAUCGCCGCAGUUGGUCCGAAAGCGAUCUGCUUAAGGAGAUCGACAGCGAACUGAAGCUGGCGAAGGGCUUUCUCUAUGCAAAUGGCAUCUGGACACCCGGCACGCAAACACCCAACACAUCCUUUACCAAUUUGAACGACAUACAUCCGAAGGUCAGCACACCCACCCCACCGCCACCGCCACUUCCAGCAAAAGGCGUCGGGCAUACCGUUUGGACGCCACAGCCAUCUCCGACUAGCGGUCGUAAAGAAUUUCGUCCUGUGCGUUUCGAAUCACCAACACUGCCACGUCGUUACGUCUCGCCGCAAACCAACGACGGUACUAGUCAAAUACCGCCACCCUGGCGUCAAAGCGCCACAACCACUGACGGCGAUAGCUCCUAUGCAGCGCCCUCACCACGCUCCGCCUACAGUUACACGAAUCUCAGUACGCCAACAACUACGAUCGGCUCGGCUGGCAGCACGAACUACUGCGACUCCAUACCAUCUGAAUCGUCAUUGCUGAAUCACGUGGGCACCGGUCCCAGUCAGAGUGUUGCGGAUAAAAUUAAAACGUUCGAAAGAUCAGCCUCUACAUCGGCAUUAUACUCGCCGGCGGCGCGACGCCGACACGACACCGCUCAGCCAUUUUACAAACCCAAUGAAGUCAUUUUUAAAGUUAAACAUGAGUACAUGAGCGAACCGGAAACGGAGCACGAUCGUCCAAGAAAAAUGGCACAAUUGGGUCGACGGCAGGUCGACGGCAUCGGACCGGUUACCAACGAUGGAAUGCCCAUCAUAUUGAGAUCGGAGGUGAAGGAGCCACAUCAACAUGAAUGGUAUAAACGACUCUAUCAGACGAUACACAAGCAGAAGAGCGGCGAUGAUUACGUGAUACGCUACAAAUGUCAAAGAGUUCGUCCACAAUUGAAGUCGACCGGCUACCAAUCAGAACCCGAGCCCAAUUACGAUUCCGACUACUCCACAGUAAAGUAUCGAACAUUAGAUCGCCGACGUUUGCAAUCGGUCUCAUCGGCCACGAACGUUGCGAAUCGCCACACGAAUACAUACCAGGACGAUAAAUUAUAUGGUACUAUGCCAAAUCCGAUUAAAUCGGAACAAAACACGUAUAAAAAUCAACCUGGACGCAUUGAAGACUACGUAACGGGUCGUUCAUCAGUCUCAGAGAAGGAACGCAAAGAGUGGUGGGACGAAGUGAUGGACAUCUUUAACGGGCACUUGGAACAAACAAAGCUCUCGCCGCACUAUACUGAAGGAAAUCUUUCCAGAGCCUUAGCCAAAGAGUCUGGUUACGCAAGUGAUUCAAAUUUGGUAUUCCGCAAGCGUGACGUGCCCCAAGCUAGCCCACUCAGCCCGGUCGAACAAAAGCAGGCUUAUAAGAGCGUGCAAGCAGGUGGCGAACCGCCUUUAUUCGGGUUUAGGAAACCAGCACCGGAAAGACCAAAAGAAUACCUCGACUACACACAAAUCUCGCCAACAUUGACCAGAAUUCGCGUGAUCUCAACAGCACCAGCGAGCGAUAAUACUGCUAGCAAGAAUCUGAAAUCUAGCCAAGUCACACACCAACAAGCGCCUCCUCUACAAUUGACGCAUAUCAAAGUUCACCACCAAGCGAAAAUGUUCACGCCGUCGUUCAUACCGCUCGGCGGUAAGCGUACCUCCAGUACGGGCGGUGCUUCACCACCACAACCACCGAAUCGUAAAUCGUCGUGUCAAAAGGUGACAGCAAAGACAUCACCAGCACGUCCACCGAAGCCAACCCCGGUCAUACCGAAACGUCAUGAACAAUGUUUUCAAAGCCCCGAAGAAACCGUUUUGGGCGCCAACAAGUAUGCAACAAUUACUUUGCGCAAGCACGGUCGCAUUAAUGGCGCUGUCUGCCGCUCAAAAUCUGCUGGCGCUGUUUCAACAUUGUUGGCGGCUACAAAAAGUCGCGCUGAAACACCUGCAGCACCGAGAGCACUCAGCAUUUGUCGCGAUGAUUCAAACGUUCCCGAUGGCAUUAGGCUGAAACGUGUGCAACAACAUACGCGCUUUCGUUCGAUUAGCCCCACACGUUCGCAAAGUCGUGUAGCGACCUUACGUCAAUCGAGUCGCAGUCCGGUUGCUUUCGGACGUUCGAUCUCGAAGGAGCGUACAUUUGCCGAAGAAAAGAAGCGUUUGGAGAAUACUCUGCCUACUGGGUUGACAAAUUUUGAAGCCAGUACUAAUAUUUUACGCGAUCCAUUACUCAAGUCACCGCAAGAGGUGAAACAAGCCGUGCGCUCAUAUGCCACAUGUGUGGCACAUCUGCGUAGUAAGUCACUGCCACGCCUUAGGGAGGAAAUAAAGAAGACGGAGAACUCUAGUGUUAGCACCACAGUACGUCAUUCAAUGUGUUUUCCACAGGCCAAAAUAUUCGAUUGUGCCAAAGCAGUGCGUAAAUCAUUGACUCGUUCGAAGAGUCCACGCCCGAAAACGGUAUCUACGGUCAGUCUUGCACGCACCGAUUCCACCUUCUCCAUAGACUCUACAGCGCCUAAAAACGUAAGUAGAACUAAUUUAGUGGUUGCGAAACGAGUUGUACCGACCAAGUCUAAGCCUGAAAGCAAGUCCGUCAAAACAAAAUAUGUAACCCAACAAAAUGGUAAGCGAGUUUCCGCUUCGACGAAGGGCAACACAAUACCCAAAACGGUGAAAACGCGUAGCUCAUUAAAGACACAAACUUCGCCUACAGUUACCACUUAUAAGCGCGUGGAAGAUUCGCAUACUAUACCACGGAGCGGAUAUCAAUCAAUAACUCUACAUCAAUCACGUAGUCUCAGUCCAAAGCGUUACUAUCACCUAGAAGAGUAUAACGCCAGAUUAGACGAUUACGAUGUAGUGGAUCGUAGUUAUGUAGAUGAUUUACUUUGGCAAUAUGAACGUAGUACUGCUAAACGCUACCCACCACAGGCUACGCCAGUCGAGGCAACUGCAAGAGAUAUCGCACGCCCCGAAUCCCCCACACCAAGCUUGAAAUAUAGAAAGUUUUCUCCAACUCGUGAAGUACGUGUGCCACAAGAGCCCAGAAGUUUGCAAGUUUCGUACAGCAAAACCGAAUCACCGAGGCCGGACGUAGAGUUGGUGCGAACUGGCAUUAGUACCGAACGCACCAGUAGAGUUUCUCCAACACGUGAGGUACGUAUGCCAAACUUGCCUCCGAGUUUGCAACCCGCAAUGCAACGUUCGAAGUCUUCACGAACUGUACGUGAUAUUGCACGACCGGAAUCACCCGCUAUUGCGGAUAAUACGCGACGAUUCUCACCCACACGCGAGAUACGUGUGCCACAACCCCAACAAAGUUUACCACCACCAUUGCCACCAGUUUCUUCCGCACACGCAGUGCGCGGUGCAGUACGCUCUCCUUCGAGAGACGAGAACUCCACUUUGCGAAAGUUUUCGCCCACACGUGAGAUUCGCGUGCCUCCACAACAGAGUGCACGCAGCGUACGUUCGCCUUCAAGACGUCGCAUAGACACCUACCGUGCCAGCACCACAAAAUCUACAGAUAAAUACGAUGCUGGUAAAGUAAUAAGAGCCAGCAGUUUGAGCAGUGCCGAUGAUCGCUCCAAGCGGGGUCUCUAUCUUUGUGGUGAGUUGGCGCACAGCGCUACCUCGCUCGAACAUUAUGAACGGCACAGCCCCACAUGCCGUUAUCGUAAUAACUCCGAACGUUUUACGGAGUUGAAUAGGUUCUACAGCACUCUAGAGCGAGUCGGUCAGUUAGAGCGUGCUACCUCAUUAUCAUCCUUUAAACCGAUACGUCGAGAGGGCGAGCUUUUAGAUUUUGAUGAGUGGCGUAAGAUAAGACAUCAUGAACGUGCAGAGAAGGAGCUAAACUAUUUGGUAGGUAAGCUUAAACACGAACAACGUACAAAGGAUUUUGUGUUUCGUCCCAAAGACGUGGAGGACGUAAAAUGGCGUCAGGAUACAGACUUUGGCUUGCACUCAAAAGAUAAAUCCGUGGAGGACUUACGAUAUACUUUCGAACAAAAGAAUAUCUUCGCUGAUUAUGAACAAAAAAUGCGUCAAGAGUUUGAUGGGUCACAUGAAAUUGUGCGCCCUUACUGGCGUCGAAACACUGUAGCAGAUUUGGCUUCCAGUUUGGAAGUCAAACUCCAGCCACAUGGUGUAGUCGAUCACAAGGCAGCAACAGCAGAGCCUGAAGAGCUCGCAAAAUGUCAGUUAAGCAGCCAUCUCGUAAGCACGCUCUCCAAGGAUCAGAUAUUGAAGAUUACACAACAAUUAAAUGAAAUCUAUGCAAACAACACGCAUGCCACUUCGGAAGAUUAUGUGAUCACUGUAGAUGCGGAUGCUAAGAGACGAGCCGCCCUACCGGGUGCUCUCAAAGUGCGAUGUAACUCCACAUUGACGAAAGAAGAACUUUUAAAGCCGACGAUUAGCAAAAAAUUAGCAAAAGAAACUACAACUAGCAAAGAGCACAUAAAAGAUAAGGCCGCAAAACAAUCCACUUCGAUAGAAGCUACCGUUAAAACCGCACGUAGCAGCUCGCCAGUGUAUCUGGCGCGUGAAACUCGUGGAGCAGUUGCUGCAAAAAAUGCUGAAGUUUUUAUGCCCAAACCACCCCCAAUACCAGAACAACCCAAAUCUGGAAAACUAGAUAGGAAAACCACAGAACAAUGCGAACAUACAAAUGUAGCAACCGAGCCAUUUAGAAAUCAUGGGCACUAUGAACAAGUCGAGGAGGAUAUUGAAAAGGAACAACUUAGGUCAUAUGAACACUCGCCGACCGGAAAAGAACCGAAGGAAAAAAUCACACAGAAGAUACAAUACUUUGAAGAACGUCAAUAUGAUGAACCACCAACGACAAUUUAUCAUGCACGCGAAGACUCUUCUCCGGACGAAGCCGAAGUAAUGAAGGUAAUUGAAGAAAAUAUGAAAUCGCGCGCACGCAAAGGAACUCCAACGCCAGCACAGCAUCAUCAUAAGGAGCUUAGUCACUCUUUAACCGAUUUAAAGGAUAUUUUUGGCGAACGCCACACAGCACGUGUAAAUUUUCACAUGCAUUCACCACCCGAGCGGCCACCCGACGUCGGGAGCGUGUCUCAACCCACGAGUCCAGUGCAUGAUUGCAUGGAAGUGACAGAGGAUGCUUGGUAUGAUUUAGGCGAAUUGACGCCAAACAGUGGUGUUGAGCAGCUGGAUUCACACUAUCGCUCACGGAGCAUUUCGCCCGUCUCGCAGGCCUCAUCCUCUUACCUAUGUCGCGUACACACUGGAGAUGUACGUAAAAUGAAGGAGCGUUUCGAAAGUUUUGGUGCACACGAUGAUAGUCGGUGUCAUUUUUUUGGGGUUAGUACGCUGAGAAAGGUGCGCAGCGAUCCUGAAUUGCAGCAAUUCAAUACAGGUUCAAAAGACGCCUUAAAUAUGGAGACCACAAAUGAAGAAUGUGGUGAUGUACAAGCGCUGGCACACAAAUUCGAACAACGCAGUCAGAGCAUGCGCGUACGCACCGGAAGUGGACGUGGACGUGGACGUACACCAUACCGUCGUGUAAUCUCGCCGAUAGGUGUAAGAGAUCGGCUUAUGCCGCAUAUCGAUAUAAUAAGUAAAACAGCUGCCCUAAAAGAGAAUAAGCAUGCGACACAGCGGCGUCUAGCAAAAGCAGCACCCGAACGUAGUUGUGUCGUUGAAAAAAUACGCAGUCAGUAUGAACGUAGCUUAUCACCGCCAACAGACGUGUUUAAAUCGCGCUCAAGCCCGGAUAUACUACAAGCAGCAGCCAUUUCACCACAUCUGUCGGCGGACUGGAUUGCACACAAAUAUCCAAGCCCAACCCACAAUGCCUACAAAGGAAACGGAAUUGCAAAACCGAUAAGUAAAGAACGCACUUCAGUGCGUAUAGCAAAAAUUUUGCGAAGACUGCCGCCACGGUCGAGUUCGGCUUCGCCGCCAAGACCACCGAAAACCCUGCAACAUGGUCGUGACACCUCGCUAUGGAGAAUGCAUCGUAGCGAUAUAUUCGCAAAUCAACAAUUCGAUCCGAAGAAGCAUCAGCCGAAGGCACGCUAUGUGCCAGACGGCGCCGAGCCAAGUGAGCGUAAGCGUGCCUCUUCGCAUCCACGUUGCGGUGGCAGUUGUGAGAUACUCAAGAAUGACGGUAACGAACCACCAGUACCACCAAAACCCAGUGGAUAUCGCGCAGCUGGUGAUCCUCGCUACCACUCCCAAUAG